AUGGCCGACGGAAGGGUAGCUUUCAUGGGGUCCAUCGGUGACGCCAAGAAUUUCUUUUCAACGCAAGGAUUACAAAUUUGCGACAAUUAUCUCGAAUCGAGUUAUACUGAUAUCACUAUCAAUGCGAAUGAAAACAACACUCGAGGAACGCCUGCAAUAAAUAUACCGAUUCUGGGGACGGGCUAUAGGGCUGGCUAUUGGCGACAAUUUGUGACCCUAUUGUGGCGCUCGUAUAUAACCCUAACCCGUAAUCCCCAAUUGCUACUAGACCGAUUGGUUAUGUAUUUGAUCACUGCAUUUUGGUUGUGUAUUAUGUUUUACAAUAUUGGAAACGCCUACUCCGAUGCGAGUAAUAUCAUGGGUGCACUUAUUACGCUUAUCCAGGCCACUUGUAUGCCACCCAUAUAUUAUGCUUCAGUGACAUUAGUGGAGGAGAUGCCACUGAUGUAUAGGGAGUACCACAACCUUGACCGGUUGAGAACUAUUUUCAUUGGCUCAGAGGACAAAUAUUCAAAAUUGAGCCUGACCAUUAGGAUAUUGGGAAGACAAAAAUUAUAA